GACGUCGGCCUGGUAGGCGGGACCGCGGGAUGGUGACGUCGGCCUGGGGGACGGGACAGCGGGGUGGUGACGUUAUCAGGGAGUAGCACGUGGUUCGGGCUCGGUCCGCCAGUUGUGGAGAGUGUCGCAAUUGUGAAAUUGGUCAAAUGGCUAAUAAUACUCAGAGGCUCUGCAAACGCAAAGGACUGGGUGAGAAGAAUUUAGAGGAAGGCAAAUGGAAAAGGAUCAAGGUCCAAAAUGGGGGCACUGUGGAAAAUGGCAUCAAACAUAAUCCGGGAGAGCGAACGGAUGUUUCAAUUUUCACUCUCAACUCCAACAGUAACCACAGUGCCAUUACUCAUGAGCAGCUUCAUGAGCUAAUAAAUUAUGCUGUAUCAGGAGAGGCGAGAAUCUCCCCACCCAGUUGGUGCCAGAUUCAUGGGCAGAAUCAAACCAAAGGAGUAACAGUCAUUGUUCUACAUGGUGUAAGUCAGAUGCACUUUUACAGAUACUAUCUUCAAUUUAAGCAGCUGAGGAAAAGGUUCAAAUGGAGAUUUAGCAUGCCUCCUCCUCCUCAAGAUUUUCUGCAUCGUAUUUUUGGAAUCGAGAACUCGCCACCGUGUAAAUGCAAGGGAUCAAUGGCCAAUGGCAGUCCUGUUGUGAAUGGGCAUUUCCUUAUGGCAGAGAACGAAAGCUGUGGAUCAUCUGACCUUGAUAAUCAUCCCAUCAUUAUUAAAUAUGGCAGAAAAAGACGAGGGUUGACUCACUACUUGCUGAGUAAAGAAGAGCUGAUUCAGAAUGAUUAUCCUGUUGCAGGCAUUCCAGGAUCUGAAGAAUUCGUUCAGAGUGGGUGCACAACUGACGUAACUGACAGCAGUCCAUUAUUUGGCCUAGAUUGUGAAAUGUGCCUAACUAGAAAGGGAAGAGAGCUGACACGUAUCUCUGUUGUUAAUACAGAGGGACACUGUUUGAUGGAUGAGCUGGUGAAACCAGACAACCAGAUCUUCAACUACCUCACCAGGUUCUCUGGCAUUACUUGGAAAAUGCUUGUGCCUGUAAAAACAAAACUGAAGGAUGUUCAGGCCAUGCUGAGGAAGAUCUUGCCCCAUGAUGCUGUCCUUGUGGGACAUUCCUUAAAUAAUGAUUUGAAAGCUUUGCAAAUGAUUCAUCCAAACGUAAUUGACACGUCACUCCUUUUUGUCAGAGACUUGGGUCGAAAGUUUAAGUUGAAAGAUUUAGUAAAAAAUAUUCUGGGAAGGGAAAUUCAGUCAAAUGGAAUGGGUGGCCAUGAUCCAUCAGAAGAUGCAGGAGGAGCUUUGGAGUUGGCUCAAUAUUUUAUUAACCAAGGACCUGUGAAGAUAGCAGAGCUGAGCCUGGAGAAUUUCCAAGCUAAGCAGCCAGUGGGAGAUGAUAUCACGCCACAGCCUGAAGCCAGAAGUCAGGGGAAAAUGUCAUCAAACAAGCUGAGCACAAGCUGCAGAAGGAUAGACAAAUUUCAAGACAGGGCAUCCUUAUACUGUGGCAAUUUGCUAAAACAAAUGUGCAUAGCUGAUCUAAAGGCAGUACUAUUAGGCACAAAGAAGGCUAUAAAGUUGAUGACACACCAAGAAGCAUGGCAUAAAAUUGAAUGUGAAACAGACAAGGAGGUUAUUCAGCAAGCUCAGACCAACAUCCCAGCUGCUGCCUUAAGUUUAAUUCAUUUUACAUCUUAUGCUGACUAUAUUGAAUGUGAUCGACAUAUGAAAGACAAUGUAGGACGACUACAUGAAAAGAUGAAACAGAAAUUGUCAGAGAUGUGUACCGUGUAUGCUGGGCCAUUCUAUAAGGAUUUCUGUUUAAAAUCUGUUAAAAGAACAUUCAGAAAUUGUGGUUCCAUCAGUUCCUUCAGUGUCACCACAGAAACCUACCAGCCUUAUGUGCGGAUUCAGUAUGAGGUGCCUGAAAGUGCACUGAUUGCUGUGGAAACAUUGAAUGGAAGCAUUGUGGCUGGAUUCCUCAUUAAGGUUCAAAGACCUGUCAGUGAAAAAUCCCUGGAUUGUGACACAAUCUUAAAGAAACUGGAGAAAGACAUCACAAAUCAGGCUGUAAUUUACGUGGCUGGAAUUCAGCAAAGCCUGUCAAUGGAAGACCUUACUGAGAAAUUUAGCAAAUUUGGACACAUUGAAGCUGUCAUUUCUGUGGAUGAUAAAAGCGAUACAAAGAAAAAAGAUUGUUUUAUCAAAUAUGGAAACUCUGAGAGUGCCCUGAAGGCCCAAGCAGCCAUGAAUGGAACAGAAAUGAAGAAAAGUCAUCUAAAUGUUCAAAGGGCACUCACUCCUUGCCAUCUUCAGACCUGGGCUGCUCAGGGAUCUUACACUGCUGUGAGCCCCAGGAUAUCUGACACUCUGCCUCUGAGCAGUCAGUCCUCUGAGAGGAGAAAAGAAAAGCUUUCUCAAUGUGAGCAAGAAGUGAAAAAUGUGAUGCGGACUCUAGAUCGGCGUGUUGGACGACUCUUCAGAGGAAUACCCAGUGACACACUUUGCAUCGUCCUGCUGCCUGGAGUAAAUAGUGAUCACUGCUCAGUGCCUGGACUCUGUCUCCUCCAAAUAAAGGAAAAUUCUUAAAACCAAGUGUUCAAUGGACUUGAGAUGCUGCUGCUUUGAUACCAAUGGACUGACCGUUAUUGAAUGGUUAAGAAGUGAACAUAGUUCCUGGACGACAUUCCUUUCAUGAAUACUGUUGAAUUCUGUCAACGGCUGUGACUGAGCCAAGAAAGCUGCUUAAAAGUAUUUUAUUUUAGAAAUUAAACUUUUAUAAAGAAAUGUUUCAAGUUUGAAAAUAAUCCAAGGGCAUUCGGGUUAAGUUAUGGCACCAAGUUUCCUUGGUCAGAAGUCAGAAAUUCCAAUGGCCCAGAGUCCAGAUCUUGCCAAUUUUAGGUUAUGUUGUGCAGAAAAUAUUCUAUUUGUUGCCAAUUUUGACAGUAUUUGAACAGGUCUCAGUGCAACUCUCCUCUCCCACUGUGGAGUGCUUUGUCUAAUGCCUGUUGCUACAUGUUUGUAACAUUUCCACAGACAUUUGUAGUCUGUGUAGUAUUUUACAUUGGUAUUGUGUUGAAUACACAAUCUUGUACAUUUGC